CUCCGGCGGGUCUGAGCCGCGGGUCCUCCAGCGGGUCCCAGGUAUUCUCUUGCCUCGGUGCGGCGGCGGCUCGUCGGCACGAAUGACGCGGGCUCCCGGCAUGCCCCGGCCGGUUGCUGCCCAACAUGGCGGAGGGCGGAGCGGCCGAGCUAGAGACGCAGCGCACUGACACGGCGGCGCUGAUGAAAACCCCGCUCAAGAAGGGUGACACCUGGUAUCUGGUGGAUAGCCGCUGGUUUAAGCAGUGGAAGAAAUAUGUCGGGUUUGAUAGUUGGGACAAAUACCAGAUGGGAGACCAAAAUGUGUAUCCUGGCCCUAUUGACAAUUCUGGGCUCCUGAAAGAUGGCGAUUCACAGGCCCUGAAGGAGCAUCUCAUAGAUGAGCUGGAUUACAUACUGGUACCCACUGAAGGUUGGAAUAAACUCGUUAGCUGGUAUGGAUUAACAGAGAGUCAAGAACCAAUUGCACGAAAGGUAGUGGAACAGGGUAUGUUCGUGAAGCACUGCAAGGUGGAGGUAUAUCUAACAGAACUGAAAUUAUGUGAAAAUGGAAACAUGAACAGUGUAAUAACAAGGCGAUUCAGCAAAGCUGACAUUAUAGAUACAAUUGAAAAGGAAAUGCGGAAAUUGUUUAGUAUCCUAGAUGAAAAGGAAAUUAGAUUGUGGAAUAAGUACAUGAGCAACACAUUUGAACCUUUGAAUAAGCCUGAUAGCACAAUACAAGAUGCAGGACUAUAUCAAGGGCAGGUAUUGGUAAUAGAGCAGAAAAAUGAAGAUGGAACAUGGCCAAGGGGUCCUUCAACUAAUAAGUCUCCAAGUACUUCAAAUUUUUCAACAUUGCCAAAGGUUUCCCCUUCAUCUCUGUCAAAUAAUUAUAGCAAUUUCAACAACAGAAAUGUGAAAAAUUCAAACUACUGUAUCCCCCCAUAUUCUGGCUAUAACAGCUACGAUUAUCUAGAACCAGGAAGACACAGUGAACAAGCAGGUCUCUGUGGCCUCAGUAAUUUGGGUAACACGUGCUUUAUGAACUCAGCAGUUCAGUGUCUAAGUAAUACCCCUCCACUGACAGAAUAUUUCCUGUCUGAUGAAUAUGUGGGUGAAUUAAAUCAUGAUAACCUACUGGGAAUGAAAGGAGAGAUAGCUAACGCCUAUGCAGACCUCAUCAAACAGAUGUGGUCAGGCAAAUAUAGCUAUGUUACACCAAGAGCAUUUAAGACUCAAGUGGGUCGCUUUGCUCCUCAAUUUUCGGGCUACCAGCAACAGGAUUCUCAAGAAUUGCUUGCCUUUCUCCUCGAUGGUUUACAUGAAGAUUUGAAUAGGAUUAGAAAAAAGCCAUAUAUUCAGCUGAAAGAUGCAGAAGGAAGACCUGAUGAGGUGGUUGCAAAGGAGGCCUGGGAAAACCACAGGAAACGAAAUGACUCUAUCAUUGUUGAUAUUUUUCACGGUCUUUUUAAAUCUACACUCGUUUGUCCCGAAUGUGCAAAGAUUUCUGUGACAUUUGACCCAUUUUGCUAUUUAACACUUCCUUUACCCUUGAAAAAAGAGCGCACUUUGGAGGUUUUCCUUGUUGGAAAUGAUCCGCUCACCAAACCUAUGCAGUAUAAAAUAGUUGUUCCCAAAAUCGGCAUAAUUUCCGAUCUGUGUGCAGCGUUGUCUACUCUUUCACAUGCCCCUGCAGACAAGAUGGUUGUCACCGAUAUAUACAAUCACCGGUUUCAUCGAAUCUUUUCUAUGGAUGAAAACCUGAGUAGCAUUAUGGAAAGAGAUGACAUAUUUGUUUUUGAAGUGACGGGCAGUAGGACGGAUGACACGGACAUGGUUGUGAUUCCAGUGUAUCUGCGGGAGAAGUAUCGGCAGCCCAGCUAUGGCCAUCACAGCAACACUUGCCUGUUUGGCCAACCCUUCAUGAUAUCUGUGCCGAGAAGCAUAACAGAGGAGAAGCUUUACAACCUAUUGCUCAUGAAAAUGUGCCGAUAUGUUAGAACCUACAAUGAAAAUGAAGAUGAGGAAGGAAGUCUUCAUUUUGUCAAAGACCUUGGUAUCAAUGGGAAUGGACAAAAUGGUGUCCAUGAGGAGGGAUCUCCAAGUGAAAUGGAGACGGAUGAACAAGAUGACGAGUCAAGUCAAGAUCAAGAACUUCCGUCUGAAAAUGAGAACAGCCAGUCGGAGGAGUCUGUUGGGGGAGACAACGAGGACUCUGAAAACGGCAUCGGCACUGAUGAUCCUUAUAAAGGGCAGCUAUGCCAUGGACAAAAGAAACAGCUCUUUACAUUCCAGUUCAAUAAUUUGGGGAAUCCGGACAUCAAUUAUGUCAAGGACGAUCGGCAAAUACGAUUUGAAGAAAGCAGGCAAAUCCGGCUCGAUGAGCGAACAUAUCUGGCAUUAGACUGGGAUCCUGAAGUAAAAAAGCGAUGGUUUGAUGACAAUGCAGCAGAGGAUUUUGAGAAACAUGAAAGUAUGGAAUAUAGGCCUCAGAAAAAAAUGUUCGUAAAAUUAAAAGACUGCAUUGAACUUUUUACAACGAAAGAAAAACUUGGUGCAGAGGACCCCUGGUAUUGUCCGAACUGCAAGCAACAUCAGCAAGCCUCCAAAAAGUUAGAUCUGUGGUCACUGCCCCCUGUCUUAGUGGUCCACUUGAAGCGGUUUUCCUAUAGUCGAUACUGGCGAGAUAAGCUGGACACACUGGUUGAUUUUCCAAUUAGUAAUUUAGAUAUGUCAGAAUUUCUUAUCAAUCCAAAUGCUGGCCGCUGUGAAUAUAAUUUGAUUGCCGUGUCUAAUCACUAUGGUGGAAUGGGUGGAGGGCAUUAUACAGCCUUUGCCAAGAACAAAGAUGACAAUAAGUGGUACUAUUUUGAUGACACCAGCGUUUCAUCUGCAACAGAAGACCAAAUAGUGUCCAAAGCUGCUUACGUACUCUUCUACCAGAGACAAGACACAGUCAGUGGGACGGGCUAUUUUGCACAUGAUCACAGUGCCAAGGAGGAAACUUCUGCUGCUUUAGGCGCUGCUCGGGACAGUGAUGAGGACUGCAAUGAGAACGAUGCAGAGAAUGAAAACUGCAUGCACACAAACUGAGCUGUACAAUGCCAUGUGAAAACUCUCCAAUGCAGACUCCUGCACAGACACUGAAACGCUGGAAGCAAACCACAAACUAGGAGCGCGAGAUCAUCUGGAAAAGAGGUGCUGCAUCAGUCUGAGCGAGAAGCCAUUUUGGACUUUGUGUCAAAAUAGACAAGUGAAUUACUUGAAGCUGAACUGUGUUAGAAAUGCGAUUAGAUGCUAAUUGCGGUAUAUGAUCCAUGAAAUCUAUGUCUUACUGAUGUAUGCAGGUUCUUUACACUCAAUAUAUGCAGAAAUAUUUAAGUGAUUCCCAUCUUCACUCUAUAGUUUUUGACAAUAUACCUACUGGCUAAUGUUUUCACCCCAAAAAUUGCCAUUUUUAAAAAAAAGUUUUGUGUCUGAGCUAAAAGUGUGCAAUGUAUGUGCCCUGCUUCAGCGACAGAGAAUGUAAGCACUUAAACUGAGAGGACGGCUGCUUCACUCAUUCUGUGACAAAGUUUGCUGUUUGACAUGGGUUAAACAAUCAUCGCAAAGGGCCAUAGAGAUUAAGCACGAGUGACAGAGUUGCCACUUGAAAAUGAUGUGCAGUGACUUCAAACUUCCCAUUAAGCAGUUAGCUUCCAUUACGAACCGCUGACCCGGAUUGAGCUUUCGAAACACGCGCUGCCUGUGGAUGUUUCUGAACUCUACUUUAACCCUUAGAGGACUGCACUGGUAUUUCUGCACCGAACCACAAAAUCACGGCUGCAUUCGUUCAAAGUAUCAACCGCAGUCCCACUAAAUUUCUCAAGCUCCUCUCUCUCCGAAUAGCUGUGAGGUGCAUCGUUAGAAAAUCGUUUUUGCAGGUGUUCUGUGACAGAAAACAUUUUUUUUAAACUGCAAAGAACUUGCAGUACUCAGGGUUAAAAAUAGAAUGUCACAACAAUUAAAUUGAUGUGCUGGAUGGUUUUUCAUUUGUUCAGCAAACUGAAAGUUUGCAUACUUUCAUUAUAUUGUACAACCUGUGGGGGGGGGGGGGGGCAAGGGGGUAAUCAAACUAUCUUUGUGUCGAAGAUGGUGUAUUAAAACUACACAACUUUAAUAAUAGAGGUAUAAAUUAUAUAAAAUUUGAUAGAAUGUGAGCAAGUGGGUUGAUUUUAUUUUAAUUCCUGUUUGGAAUUCACCAUAGCCUUACUGCAUAUCUGCAUAUUAAAUUAUGUAUUUGCAUGUUGCAGUUACCAAGUUUGGGUGUGUGUGUGAGUGUGUGUAUAUAUUACAAGGUACGUUGCAUUUUAUUUACGGGGCCAGGAUGCCAACAGCUAGAAUGAGGAUUUUCAAAUUUUUUUGUGAAUUGUAAUUCAAAUGAUUUUUUUUUUCUUCAUUUGUUACUGCCAGUGGCAGAUGCUAUAUAAUGCUAAAGAUUUGCUCCUCUACCUGAAUCAUUUGCUAUUGUGUCCUAUUACCAUAAACAAAUGAUGGUCUUCAUCAUUUUUAAAAGGCAACAAAAACACUUUAAAAAUGGAUUUGAAUGUUGUAGUGUAUAAAUAAGUUCACUCUGUGAGUGUACACUUGGUAAGUUAUUAUUGAAAUGUUAUAGCUAAAAAGACAUAGAAACACUAUAGGUCAGAAUGAGUUGCGUAUGUCAAGAAUGGCUUUGCAGAAUAUUAGUGCUGAUAUUUCUCUUGAUGUUUUACAGUCAGUAUCUUCGCCUUUUAGAUUUUUUUCCUCUUUUUUGUAAAAUAAAAGUCACAAACCUCCAGCAUGUUCGAGGUAAACAUUUUGACUGCACUUAGUUUCAUUUAAUUUUACAUUUGAGACUUGCAUGUUUAUUUAUAUAAAUCUACAAUAAAGUUAGACUGCGCCUUAUUCACAAUGCUCUGUACUGAUGGCUGUGUAAAGAGACUGCCUAACUCAGUAGUCACUGGUACUUUGCAGGAGAGGUGGGGAGAUAAACUGCACUACUGUGUAGCCAGGUAUAGUGUGGUCUUGUCGAAUGUUUUUCAAUGAAGGU